UGUGUGUGUGAUUGAGCAGCAGUAGUUUGAUGUAAUGGAGGGGUUGGGCGAGUCAGUCCGCCUACACGGGCUUUUGUGUUGAUGUUCAGGCAGUGCAACAGCGCUGACAGUCCGCGAGAGCAACACCAUAAAACAGCAUUCCCAACACCCAUCCACCAUAAAGAGAGGAAGAGAAGGAGAGAAAGAGGACGGACAGUGUUUUGGGCGAUUUGACUGUAAGGGAGUGGAGCUGGACUGAAUCAUGGCCACUUCUACGUCUUGCACAGGCGCCACACUGCUGCAGCCAAUUAGUAAGAUUAUUGAUCUACCACUGGACCAGGUGAACUUUGUGGUGUGCCAGCUGUUCGCCCUGGUCACGGCUUUCUGGUUCAGACUCUACCUGCACCCUAGUAAGACGAGUCCCUUCAUCCGGCAUGUAGUUGCCACCCUGCUGGGCUUCUAUUUGGCCCUCUUCUGCUUUGGCUGGUAUGCCUUACAUUUUCUGGUACAGAGCGGUCUUGCUUACGGCGUUAUGAUCUUCACAGGUGUGGAACACAUGCACAAAUACUGCUUUGUGGUUACGCUGGGAUAUCUCAGUUUCUGCCAGGUCACCAGAAUCUUUGUAUUUGACUAUGGCAUGUACUCAGCUGACUUCACUGGGCCCAUGAUGGUCAUCACACAGAAGAUCACAAGUUUGGCGUUUGAGAUUCAUGAUGGCUUGAUAAAGAGGGAGGAGCACCUAAAGCCCAAUCAGAAGUAUCUUGCUGUCAGGAAGAUGCCCAGUCUGCUGGAGUAUCUGAGUUAUAACUGUAACUUUAUGGGGAUCCUGGCCGGCCCGACCUGCUCCUAUAAUGAUUACAUAGCCUUUAUAGAAGGCCAUUGCUACGAGCCCAAGCACCUGGAGUCAAACGGCAAAGUGAAUGGGAAAUUCAAGCAGAAUGACCCUUCACCUAAGCGGGAUGUGAUCCAGAAACUGUGCACCUGUGUUCUGUCCCUAAUGGUUUAUUUGGUGAUCUACACCGCCUGCCCUACAGAUCGUGUCAUCGAUGACACCUUCAUGGCCUCUAACCCCUUCUACGUCCAGGUCUUGUACCUCUACAUCUCCAUGUUGGCUUUACGCCCCAAGUACUACUUUGUAUGGACGUUAGCCGAUGCCAUCAACAAUGCAGCUGGCUUUGGAUUUAAUGGAUAUAACACAGAUGGCACCCCAAGAUGGGACAGAAUAUCGAAUUUAAGAAUACUUCACAUUGAGUUUGCCACCAGCUUCAAGAUGUUCUUGGAUAACUGGAACAUUCAGACAGCCCUUUGGUUAAAAAGGGUGUGUUAUGAGCGCUGCCCGUACAAUCCCACCGCGGCCACAUUCCUCCUCUCAGCCAUCUGGCACGGACUUUACCCGGGGUAUUACCUGACCUUUGUCACGGGCAUUGCUGUAACAAUGGCUGCAAGGGCAGUAAGACACAAUGUGAGGCAACACUUCCUGGGCUCAGACACACUCAAGCUCAUCUAUGACGUGAUCACGUGGUUCAGCACGCAGAUCGCCAUUUGUUACACUGUUGUGCCAUUUGUACUGCUGGCAGUAGGGCCUUCACUAAAGUUUUAUAGCUCAUGGUACUGCUGCAUUCACCUGAUCUGCGUGUUGCUGGCGCUGGUUUUACCUGUGAAGUCCAGACGCAGGAAACAACAGGAAGAGCCGAUCAGCAUUCAGGCCAGUGAACAGAACUGUCUCUCCUCUCCUGACAACAACUGCAACCAGAAGCAGAAAGCCACAUGAGGGCAGGACGGGCUGCGUUGUGAGGAACUCUGAUAUCAACACUGAGAGACACAGAGCGGCCAUUUCCUCCCUCAGAUCCAAACGACACUGACAGUGACAUUAACAAGGCAUAAACUCCAGCAACAAUACAGAGAAAAGAGACGGUUUCCCCAUAGUUGCCCUGUUGGAGUUGGUCUCGUUUUGGUUUUAAAUAGGAAAUCUUCAUAGGAUUGUAUGAAAAUGGGGUGAUUGAUUAUAGAAUAUGGUAUAUAAUUGACUUAAGUGUCAGUUAAUCUGAAGUUGCCUUAAACCCUUCGUAUAUUUAGCUCCAGAAGCCUCGUAUGGGGAUCGUGUUACAUAGGAACGGACCAGUCAUUGUUGGCUUAUAGCUUCACUACAUUAGUGCAGGAAGUCUAGCACUGGAAUCAGCUUCCACGGUACCUAGAGGGUUUCUGCCAUUGUCAGUUAAACGAAGUAACCUCUGUGCUGUUUUAGUUCUUCUCAAAGGAAAUGUGUGCGGUAAAGGAAAAAAAAGUCCAGUCGUGUGUUGCCAAACUUGCAGGCCUUAAGUUCCUAUAUCUUGCCAUUGUUUCAUCUUUAUUCUUUGUUCUUUCUCUGGUUUUCUAGUCGGUUCAUAUCUGCUGCUUUCUUUGGGAACAAGGGUCAAACUUAAGGGAGCGUCUUCAUUUUUGUCAGUGAUUUUUGUUUAUUUGAUUUUAUUUUUUAUUAAGGGCUUUUGGUUGCAUUUAAGGGUUGUAUCAAUGCUGUUUUUUAAUGGGUGGUAGGUUUCCUCAGGGCACACAGGUCUCGUUUUAAACCAUGACAAAUGACCAGAUGUUCCUCUACCAUCUAUGUUUCUACUGCAACAUUCAAUAUCUCAGCAUGUUUGUGUUUUUUAUGUUACAGACAUAUAUGGUAUAGUGCAAUAACCUGUAUCUUUACAAUGGGUGCAUGUUAAAGGGUUAGUUCACCCAAAAAUGAAAAUCAUCAACUCAAAUUGUUCCAAACCUGGAUGAAUUUUUUUCUUCUGCUGAACACAAAAGAAGAAUUUUUGAAGAAUAUGGCUAACCAAUCAGUUGAUGGAUCCCAUUGAU